AUGACUUCAGGCUGCAUUGAACUCACCUGGACUAUGAACUUUACUAAAUUCGUUAAGUUGCCUCUUUCAAAAUCAACACAAUGAGUAGAUAUGAUAGAGUGCAUAUUAUCAUUUGUCAUUAUUGAUUAUAACAAUGCUAUCUCUAUAUUUGAAGCUCUUAUAGCUUUUUCCUAUAUUUUUUGCUUCUUUCUAUUUUUCCCCUUUCUUCCACAAUGCUGCUUCUGCUUGACUUUUUGCUUUAGUUUCUACUCUUUUCCUUAA